AUGGUAAAGAAUAAGUACCCAUUGCCCAGGAUAGAUGGUUUGUUCGACCAAUUGAAAUGUGCCUCAGUGUUUUCUAAAAUUGAUAUAAGGUUAGGAUACCAUCAGGUUAGAGUGGCUAGGGAAGAUAUACCAAUAACGGCUUUCCGAACAAGGUAUAGGCAUUAUGAAUUUGUUGUGAUGCCAUUCGGAUUGACUCAUGCACUUGCAAUUUUUAUGGACUUGAUGAACAGAGUUUUCCAUGAUGUCAUUGACAAGUUCAUAGUGGUGUUUAUUGAUGAUAUCCUGGUUACCCUUUUGGGUCAUGUGGUCUCUAGAGACGGUGUAUCAGUGGAUCCUGGUAAAGUAAAGGCGAUGCUCGAGUGGCAGAGGCCAAAGACAGUGAAAGAGGUUAGAAGUUUUCUAGGCUUAGCAGGGUGCUAUAGGAAAUUUGUGGAAGGCUUUGCAAAGAUAGCCAGACCACUUACAGCUCUCACCAAGAAAGAAAUACCAUUUGAAUGGGCAGAGACAUGUGAGCAAAGCUUUCAGGAGUUGAAGAAAAGAUUAACUACAGCUCCAGUUCUUACAUUGCCAGAAGUAGGCAUUGAUUAUGAUAUUUAUGUUGAUGCCUCCCACAAUGGUUUGGGUGCAGAGUUGAUGCAACAAGGGAAAAGGAGAUGGUUAGAAUUGGUGACAGACUACGACUGUGACAUCAGAUACCAUCCAGGGAAAGCUAAUGUAGUAACAGAUGCCCCUAGUAGAAAAGUCUAUUUAUCUCAGAUUACUGUACAGGGACAAUUACAAUUAGAGAUCCUCCAAGAAGGAGUUGAAAUUGUGAUCAAAGGAGGAUUGGUCCAAAUGGAGAUCAAACGCACUUUGGUGGAGAAGAUCAAGAGAGCAUUGGGUAUAAGGUUAGCCUUCAGUACGGCUUAUCAUCCUCAAACUAAUGGCCAAACUGAAAGGACUAACCAGAUGGAGGAAAUGGAAUUACAGGAUAAUUUGGCUUUGGAGGAACGCCUAGUUCAAAUCCUUGACAAAAAGCUGGAAAACUGGGUGUGCACUGCUAUUGGCAAGAAAGAGUACUAUGUAUGUGCAGAGGCCUAUGCUUUUGGAGAGCAGGGCAAGGAUGCUAAUGAUGGAUUCCAUAUGAUCCCGCCAAGUUCUGUUCUGCAUGUUGAUCUAGAGUUGGUGUCCUUCAAGCCUGUGAUUGAUGUUUAUGGUGAUUCCAAGGUAUUUAAGAAGAUCUUGAGAGAGGGGGAAGGCACUAUCACUGCAUAUGAAGGUGCUACUGUAACCAUCAAACAAACGACUAGGCUAGAAGAUGGAACUAUCUUUGAGAAAAAAGGAAUUGAUGGGGAGCAACCUCUUGAAUUUAUAAUAGAUGAAGAGUAUUGUGAGGAUUACUUCCAUUGGAGUGAUGCCUCCAAUGAUGAUGAAAACAGUAAUGGAUUUGCUAGUGUAGCUGGGAUGUUGAUGGUGAGGUUGGCGAUAAUGAUGAUAGAUGGAAGAGAGGAAAUGGCUGAAACUAAUGAUAAUAAGGGAGAGGUAGCGGCUGAAACUAAGGGGCAUAUAUCUGAUUACGAGAAAAACAGUGACGAUUUCAUGGGGGGUCUAGUGAGGAUGAGGAUGCAGUGA